GUCUGCUGGCUGGUUUAGAGUAGAUGUCUUCGGUCCUGGAUAUAGAGGCCUCCUGAAAAUGCACAUCUUAGUUCCCCUAUUUGACAAGCAUUUCAUGAGACGUAGACACUGCUAAUGAGCUGAUGAGUUGAUUCAGGUGAGUCAGAUUAAAGAGACACCCAAAAUAUGCAGUGUUUGAUGACAUCCACAACCCGUAUAUAUAGAGUGGAAGACCAGCUGAAACCAGCUAAGACCAGCAAAACAAAACGGUUUCAGCCAGCAGAGGGCAGUCUUUCACUGCGAGACCGUCAACAGACCGUCGGUUUCAACUUCACAUUCAGAUGGUUAAACUUUAGUUUAUCCUAAAAUACCAACUGAUAGGAUGAGCUGUGCAACGGAAAAUGCAGCUAUAUCAGGAACAGGGUUUCCACACUCACAUAUUUUCUUUCAAAAAGUACAAAAUGUGCCAUUUCAUCAUGAAGCAGAAGUGACCCUCCCAUAAGGAAACGCAUCAGUUUAGCGGUGGUGUUAUCUGUGAUGCUAAAAUGAUCAGACAGCAGUCUGAGACAGACCGGCAGUUCAUACUAGAGAACAUGUUUGUUGCCGUGAUGGACAACAUUUUCUUACUGGUGCUGGUCACACUUCUCAGCGUCGUUCAGAAUGUGUUCUUCGCCUUAAAGGUUGAGAAAGAAUGCACCGGUCCACAUUCUAAACCUCAUUCUGCAGCUUUUGAGCGUUUGUCUUGUGCAAAUCGAAACUGCAUGGACACGUACCCCACAUUUCUGGCAGUACUGUGGUGUGCUGGUAUCUGCCUCAGCCAAGCUCCAGCUGCCUUUGCUGGCAUUAUCUACCUUGUGGUCCGGCAGAAGUACUUUGUUGGCUACUUGGGGCAGACUUGCCAGAGCACUCCCGGCUUCCUGUUCGGGAAACGCAUCCUCUUCUUCCUGUCACUCAUGUGUGUCGUGGGAAUCAUAAAUCACCUGAUGCUCAGCUACGGUGGCAGUGACUACAAAGAGUACAUCCAGACCAUCACCAAAGCAGCAUCAACCCUUCUGCUCUUGCCCUGAACUGUUCCAUACAGAUUUAACAGCAGAUGAAAGAGUAGUGCAAACACAUCAGUGUAGAUAAGAUCUUUUGGUUAAUGGUUUGUCAGUUAGUGAGAGGA